AUGAGCGAACUUUAAUUAAUUCGUCCGCUCUAUCAAUAAGGUUCUGUUAUGAAAGAAUUAACGAUAGCUUCCUUACAAACUGCAAUGAGUUUUCUAUUAGAAUAUUUGCCAAUUACCAUAACUAUUUAUUUGCUAGAAUUCAAGGAAGACUCUUUAUUGGUAGGAGCCUUGGGACUCGGCAUUCUUACAACACAAGCAUUCGGAAUGGGAAUUUUAAAUGGUUUAGCCACGGGAUUGGAAACCCUAGUAUCACAAGCUUACGGAGCAAAUCAUUAUGAAUUAUGUGCAAAGUUGUAUUAUAGAUCGUUGUUUUUGUGCACCUUGUUAAUGAUUCCUAUUUCACUAUUCUUGAUCUUCUCAACCUAAAUAAUAGCUUAUAUCAAUAACAAUACAGAAUUAGCAGAGGAAACAGGACAUUUCAAUAGAUAUAUGAUAUUAGCAGUAUACUUGAACGCUAUCUUCGUGAACACCAAAGUAUUUCUAAAUGGUUAGAACAUUUAUAAAUAUCAAUUCUACACUCAGUUUGUUACAUGCAUCCUUUUUGUUGGCAUCAGUUACUUUUUGGUAGUGAAACAGGAGUUGAGAAUAGUAGGUUGUGCAUUAAGUUUAACUAGUUUGGAUCUAUUGAAUAACAUAAUCCUAUUUUCAUUAAUUUUCAUAACCAAAUGCAGUAAAGCUACUUUAUUUAAAUUUAAACUAAGCUACUUAAAAAAUACAAUGAAAUUUUUAAAGUAAGCACUAUCUAUAGGUUCUAUCUAAUGGUUGGAGUGGAUAAGCUUUGAUUUUUACGUAAUUUUGAUUAGUUAUCUAAACACUUCAACUGUGAGUGCACAUGUGUUGAUGUCUAAUUUCGCAGGCCUAUUGUAUCAAUUCAGUUAUGGCAUUUCAAUAGCGUCUGGUACAUUUGUGGGAAAUGAAAUGGGAAGAAAGAAAGUAGAUAUGGCUAAGAAAUACACCAAAGCUACUUUUUUAAUAGAUGGAAUCUUUCUAUUAAUAACCUUAGGAUUGUUUUCGAUCUUUGGGAAGACUAUAAUUCAACUGUUGACCGAAGACAAAAUAGUUAUUGAAGAAAUCUCAGACUCCAUUUAUCUUUUAGUGGCAUUUAUUAUGUUGGAUGGACUUUAAGCCAUUAUCUCAGGAUUAGUAAGGGCCAUUGGAAGAGAAGCUAGUACUUCAAUCACAUUUAUCCUUUGCUAUAUAGUAUUGGGAGGAAUAAUUGGAUAUUUUCUUUGUUACACGGUUGAUAUUGGACUUAAGGGAGUGUGGAUAGGCAUUGUGAUUGGAGCAUUGGUUUAUGACAUCAUACAAUUUGUUAAUCUAAUUUGGAAGGAUUGGGAGUUUUAGGCUGAAAUUAUUAUUGAUAAAAUAAUGAACUUGCAUUAAUAAUAGAAUAUUGUACUCUAAAUUGAUGAAAUGUGA